UUAUUUAACUGUUUACUAUUUGAAUGAAUUUGUAUUUAAAAUGGAUGAAAAUAAGUCAGAGAGCUUAAAUUCUAUAAAGAACAUAAUCUUAGAUGAGCGGCGUUUAGUGACAUACACAUCCAUUAGUAAAGAAUUGUGCAUUCAUGUAAAUAAGGCGAAAAUAUUUUUGAGAGAAUUUGUUGAUGAAUUGAGAAAGAACAAGCCGAAUGUUGCUCUUUCAGUCAGCUACAUUAUCUCGGGAUCCUUAAAAAACAAUAAACUUCUAACUAUUCUUGUACUAGAAGAAGAAUUAGUAAGUGUGAAAGACAAAUUCAGUACAAUAUUCUUUGAGCAUAUUUAUAGUGUAUGCUACGGCCAUCGUACAAGUAUAGAUAAAUCAGCAUUUAUAGCUAUAAACACCUUCGAAGAUUAUUUGUUGUGUAAAGGUACAGUCAAAAACAAUAUUUGUUCAAAGAGAUCUUAUGAAGAAAUAGGCACUUUAAAAUUUAAGAGCCAGGAAGUACCCGAGAAAAAUCUGAAAAACUCCAUAAAGAAAGAUUUGAAAAACAGUAUUAAAGAAGAAAAUCACAAUACACAGAAUGAAGUGAAAACUAUUAAAGAUCAUGAUAAGAAAACAGAUCCUGUAAAAUCUGAAAUUCCAUCACCAAAAUACAAUUCUGUUACUAACAAUAAAUCUCUUGAUAAAAAAAGUAAUGGAAAGUCUAAUGGGAGUAUAAUGGGAUUUUUAUCAAAAACACCAAAUGUUAAAAUGGAUAUUAGCAAGAAAGAUAAGGGAGAUAUUGAAAACAAAACAAAAAUAACAAAAAAAUUAGAUAGAGAAGAAACAAACAUUGAUGAUAGCUCUAAAACCAAUGGAACUGAAAUUAAAUUGACAGAGAAGAAGUCAGUAAAUAGUAUAAUCGCACAAAAAAAUGAAGCAUCAACUCAAAAAAAAGACAUCAAAGUGGAGAAAAUAGAUAUUGAAGUUAAAGUAAGAAAUAAAAAAACUAACCAGGGGAAUUCUUUUGGAAAGAAACGCAAAAGAGUAUUGCAUGUUUCUGAUAGUGAUAGUGAUUGUGAAAAAUCAGAUUCAUUGGCAGAUGAAAUUACUUUGGAACGUGAAUCUGAAGAUGAAAUUCCACCAACUCCAUCAGCUACCAUUGUCAACAUAACACCUGGGCUUGUUAAUGCAAAAAAGAGGAGAAAAAUCAUAGAUAAAACUUAUACAGAUGAAGAAGGAUUUAUGUUAACCAAAAAAGAAGAAAUUUAUGAGAGUUGUUCAGAUGAUGAAGUGCAUACAAAAGAGAAUGUUGAUAUUAAAAAACAAGUCACCGUUGAAACCACUGCUCUGAAAAAUGUGCCAAUAAAGCAAUCAAAAAAAAAGUCUUCUCCAUCACAAAAACAUAAACAACCAACCAUGAUGAACUUCUUUAAAAAAGUACCAAAUUAAAUACCAUCCUAUGUAACCAAAUCAUGGAAUAAAAUAAUUAUACCAUCAAGAUAUAGUGGAUGCCAGUUCAAUUGUUUUAAUAAGGAUCCAAUUCUCUACGUACAUUUAUAUACUUACAGAAUGUAAUAGGUUAACCUUCAAUAAGCGCAGUUGGCAUUAUAAUUUCUAAAGUUUGUUUAGGUAAAUGGAAAUAGGGAAGACAAGGUUGAGAUAAUUCUGCUAUCAAAUACUCAGUAUUUAUAUUAAAAAGAAAGAUAAAUCAGUUCAGCGCAAUAUUUUCCCAGUUACACUGAAAAUUUCCUUUUUUUAAUUUAGUAACUAGUGAUGAGCUUUUGUAAUAUUGUUAUCAUUAAAAACAAUCAGGAAAAUUUUUACAAGUUCCACUUUUAUACAAAAAAAUGACAACAACAAAAGUAUAAGUAGCAAAAUUUGAAUCUUAUUGAUAGUGAUGAUGGUCUGACUUUGAACAGCAAGUUAGGAUUGCUAAUACUUACCAGUCAUUAAUUUCAUUAUUUCAUGCCAAUAAUUUCCAACAGUUGUAAACCAAAUAUUAAACAAAAAAAAUAUGGCACAUACCGACAUAACAUAUUUUUGUACAGAUAUAGUUUGAUCCCUCCUGGCUGAGCCCUUGCUUACCUACCUAUCCUGGUGAAACUAGGAAAGCCUCCGAGAGAAAAGUAAUCUUUCAAUCCCAAAAAAAAAAAUGUUUGACAGCUUUGUUAAGGAUUAUGGAAUGUGAUCUGAAUCAGAUAAUGUAGAUGAUUGUAACAUCAUUAUUUUUAUACAUUUUGAUAUUAUGUUUUCGAAUCUUUGCACCCUUGAAUUUAUUACAGUUACGCUAUAUAACUGUAUAGCCUGUAAUUCUGUGGAUGGAAGGAUUCUUUAAGAACUUAUUACACUUGUUUUAUGUCAUUAACUUUACUGAAUUCAUUCACACUGCAUGCCUGUGUGGUAUGUAUAAAAUGGCCAGCAUAAACUCAUAUUGGUGUGUCUCUAUUCAACUACAAGUAAAAAUUUAUAAUUUGACGUGCAAUUUUACAGUGUUAUCUGCUCAUGAAGCUAUGUUGGUAUACUAUUUUUACUGGUGGUAGGACCUCUUGUGAGUCCGCGAGGGUGGGUACCACCGCCCUGCCUAUUUCUA